AAUCAUCGACAUCUACUAACGUUAAUAUUCAUGCUCUCGUUGGAGUUAAGUUAUAUUUGAAAAGCUUUGACUUUGUUCCUGUAGAUGCGGAAUUCGCUGCUUCGUGGACAAAAUCGGUUAAAAAUGCCGUAUAUCAAAAAUCGAAACCGGCAAAAAAUUUAAAAAUAUUCAUUAAUCCUUUUAGCGGUACAGGCAAGGCAAGCCAACUUUUUCACGAUCAAAUUAAACCUAUAUUUGACGCUGCUGGUUGCACAUAUGACAUCACAACCACUGAGCAUAAUAAUCACGCAAAGGAAAUCGUGAAAACAAUUGACUUGAAACCUUUUGAUGCCAUUAUCGUUGUUAGCGGAGAUGGAAUUGUUCAUGAAGUUAUUAAUGGACUUUUAGAGCGUGAAAAUAUAAAUGAUGCAGCAAUUCCAAUUGGCGUAAUUCCUGCAGGUUCUGGAAAUGCCUUAAACAUUUGUAUACAUGGGGAAUCUAUCUGUAAAAGUCUCCAACAUUCGGCUCUAACCAUAAUUAAGGGUGACAAACGCUUCUUUUCCUUUAUGUCUCAAACUUUUGGUAUUAUUGCAGACUGUGACUUGGGAACUGAAAAGCUAAGCUGUGAACUGGCCAUGAAAAUUGCAGAAUCUAAUAAAGAAGCUAUUAUAGAUACUUAUCGAAAAGAAUACGCUUCAAAUAUACAUAAUGUUCCAAUAUAUCGCAAUAAUAAAUAUGGUACCGUAAACGAUCCAAUUCCAGAUGAUUGGACUAUUAUAACCGAUGAUGUGUCUACAAUUCUUGGUGGUAAAGUUCCAUGGAUAGGUAAAGGCGCUAUUCCGUUUAGCUGUUCCUUACCAAGCGAUGGACUUAUAGAUCUGUUAGUCGCUCGACGGGAUAAAGUGUCAAGAACUAAAUCGCUCGCUUUUAUGACUGGAUUGGAAACUGGAAAUCAUAUUAAGAUGAACGAAAUUGAUUAUUACAAAGUUGAAGCUUUCAGAUUAACACCAAAAAAUAGUAAUGGAUAUAUAAGCAUAGAUGGUGAAAGUGUAGAUUAUUCUCCUUUUCAAGUUGAG